GCCUCCGCCCCCAGGCCCCUCCCCUUCCUCUCCUCCGUCGCCAACUCCGUCACGUCUCACUGUUCCAGGUGACUCCUGAUGUGCAUUUCCAAAAUGAUUUGGGUCUAGAUAGCUUGGACAACGUAGAGAUUGUAAUGGCACUGGAAGAAGAAUUUAAGCUUGAAAUCUCAGAUUUGGAAGCUGAUAAAAUUGACUCCUGUCGUCUUGCUAUUGAGUACAUCUACAACCAUCCUAUGGCUGGUUAAUUCGAGCUCAUGCAUCUUUUGACUAUCCUGUAUUGUGUGGACAAUGAGCUGCUCAGCCUCCUCUUUGGUUGCUUUGUCUUGAGUGUGAAGCAGAGGAUGGAAAAUAAUCUCAACUUUUGUGAUAAAAGAUAGACUAGCUGAUGGGAGUCGUCUGGAACAUAUGACAAAAGACAGCAAUGACAUCUUGAACUUGUGGGCAAAAAAUUUGGGAAAGCUACUUGAUUUUGUUGAGAAAAGUUGCAACUGAAUGCACAAGGAAACUAUGGCUCGUAUUGCUGUCUUGAGAGCUUGAAGAUGUUCUUAGUUGAAUGGAUGACCUCUCUCCCCUUGAGCCUCCCCCCCCCUCCCCCCCAAAAGAAGAAGAAGAAGAAGAAGAAAGCUAAAUAAUGCUGUUUCACAUGGUGGUCUGAAGUGGGACAAAAAAUGUUCAUAGAACUCUCGCAUAGCUGGCUUCAAUUUAAUUGCAUAUUUUGCACAGGGGACCAGAUUUGGGACUCCAUUGGCAUUAGCCAGCACAUGCUGGCAAGUUGUUAUGUAUCUUUGGUGGCUGAAUGACUCCGAGAAGUCAUCUACGAUGGAGUUAAAGCCUCACAAGAUAAAAUUCAAGAUAAGACUUGAUAAAGGGACAUCAUUGCCACCCCCUGAGUUUGGAAAGGGUAAAACUGUGGAGGUCGGCAGUGAUGAAAAAGGUUAUGAGGGUUCUUGGUUUUCCGCAAUUGUCAUCGACUAUAUAGGUCUGGUCGAAUACCUAACCUUGAAAACAGAUGACAAAACUGAACCUUUGAGGGAAGAAGCAUAUUCACGGUAUAUCAGGCCCUACCCUCCUCAUCUUCCAGCCAGGCGUUUCAAGCAACUCGGCAAAGUUGAUGCUUGGUACAAUGACGGAUGGUGGGUUGGUGUAAUUUCCAAAGUUCUAAAAGGCUCUUCGUAUGUUGUCUACUUCAGCACAUCCAAUGAAGAACUAAAUUUCAAUGAGUCUAAUCUGAGGCUUCACCAUGACUGGAGUGACGGCAAGUGGGUCAUUGCUUCCUGGGUAGGAACUACGGUUGGUGCUAAUUUUGUGAUGAAUUGUUUUGGUGGAGUUCUAUCAUUCAGGUUCAUGCUUUUGUUUCAUUCCUGGCCGAACGUCCCCCCUGCCUUGUUGUGAUUUUGAUUGGUUGCAUAGAGAAUGCUAUACAUAAGGAGUUCUUGAUGGUGUCAAAUUUGUGAUUUCGCAAGUUUAGAGGAACACUUAAUCAGUCAAACCAUAUUUCAAUUACUUUGAUGCAAA